AUGUCGAGCCCAACACAUCCUGUGCAUUGGGCCAUUGCAGUCUUCCCCGGCUUUCAAGCUCUCGACGCCUUCGGUCCCCUCGACAUUCUAAACCUAGUUGCCCGAUACCACAAAAUCGAACUAUCCGUCAUCGCAGCAUCGCUAGAGCCUGUCUCAACAAACCUGGCGCUCGUAUUUCCUGACAAACAAGAUGUAUGGAACCCCGCAGGAUCCAACUGCGGACAAUCCAUCGUACCGACACACACAUUCGACUCCCCACCGGAAAAGAUUGAGGUGUUGAUCGUGCCUGGAGGCGGUGGUACGCGCAGCCCCCAUUCGUCGGGCCCCGUGAUAGAUUUUAUAAAAAAGAUAUAUCCGUCGCUCGGCUAUCUGCUUACUGUGUGCACGGGUUCCGGUCUUGCUGCACGAGCAGGAGUUCUAAAUGGCAUGCGUGCAACAAGCAACAAGCGUUCAUGGGAGGAGGUUACAGCUUUGAGCCAAGAGCCCGAAUGGGUCCAUCGGGCCCGCUGGGUACACAAUGAAAAUAUCUGGAGUUCUUCCGGAAUCAGUGCGGGAAUCGAUAUGAUGUUUGCCUAUGUUGAAUCUAUUUGGGGGAAGAAGUUCACAGAUAGUAUAGCGAAAAGGAUGGAAUAUGUGCGGAAUGAGCACUGGGAUAACGAUCCGUUCGUUGUUUAG